AUGUGCUACGGAAAAUGUGCCAAGUGCCUAGGCAUCACACUCAUCCCUCUGGCUCUUCUCGGUAUUAUCUUAAACACUCUGCUCUUUUUCCCGAAUGGAGAAACAGGAUACAAUACUCCUGAGAAAUUGGCCGACACCGUGUGGUGCUUCAGUGGGAUUAUAGGAUCUGGAUUACUGAUGGUGUUCCCAAUCCUCGUCUUCAUGGGCAUGGAGAAUAAUGACUGCUGUGGCUGUUGUGGAAACGAGAGCUGUGGGAAACGGUUUGCGAAUUUUUCCUCUGUAAUCUUUGCCGCGAUUGGUGUGGCAGGAGCUGCCUACUGUUUCAUCGUUUCUGCAGUGGGCCUCAACCAGGGUCCAAAAUGUACCACAAUAGACAACAGCAAUUACACCUACGUCUUUACUAACGGCGAUUACCUGGGAAAUCACACGAUGUGGGACAUCUGCAGUGAGCCACCCAAAAUUGUCGAGUGGCAUGUUACCUUGUUCGCUCUCCUGUUGGUGCUAAGUGGGGUUCAGCUCAUUCUUUGCGCCAUCCAAGUUGUCAAUGGACUGAUCGGGUUUCUCUGUGGGGAGUGCAGCUGCUGCGGUUCAGAUUAA